AUGUCCACAUCUACUGCAACUGAGUUGUAUAGUCAAGGAACCGAUCCAGCUAGUAGGUUUACCAGCUCGCGUGAACGUAACCAUAAACGCAACUCGUCCACCGUUGAAGAGUUACUUAUUGAGAAAUUAGACUACUUUGUAUCAUCAAUUGAAGCUAGAUUAAACAACUUUGAUAUAUUCUUCAAGUGGAAAGAAGCCCAUACUGAUGAAGAACUCAAUGACAGACCUAUUAAAACUACAACUAAUAUUUACACGGGUGGAGCCACUGGUAAUAACCUACUUUCCUCUCGUGAUAGAAGUGAUUCAACGUCCAGUUUACAAAGUUUAAAAGAGGUUUCCUUAAUGAAGUUGAAUUUGAUUAGAGAUCGACUUAGAUUAAUCAAGAAAAGUGUUUUAAGUAAAGGAUUCACCAAUGUCGAGUUUUUAUAUAACUUAUUGACUGAUCAAUAUGAUUAUUUGUUUAAUUCAGUGGUUGAUCCUGAUAUGUUGGAUGACGAGAAACUCACAGGAGAAGAAGCAGAAGAAGAAGAAGAAGAAGCUGCAGCACUAGGAGGAGGAGUUGGUGGUGGUACAUCCCCACGUGAAGUCCUUUCAGACAAACUUAUUGAUAUCAUAUACUAUUUCGAUCAAAAAUUAACAAACAUAGACGAUUACCUUCGAGAAAAGAAUGCCAUUGUUGAAGGGGGAAUCAAAGACUUACAAGAAAAUCAAGAACAACCACAUUUUAUCAAUUUACGAUAUUUCAAUUUUAAUCGAGCUUUGAAAAAUGCCGCUAGGAACAAAUAUGUCCAUUAUUAUGAAUUACCUUUAAUGUGGCGAGAAAAUAAAUACAUAAUCCAGGGAUAUCGAUUCUCGUUAAAACAUAGUGAAAUGUGGAAACUGAUUUUUGCAUGGCAUAAUGAAACGAUGAAUAUUUGGUCACAUUUGGCUGGUGUGGGAAUUGUUUUGUAUAUUGGAUUGGUGCAGUUUCCAUCAACUACGUUGUUUUCGCUUAUGAGUAAUGGAGAUAAACUGAUUAUGUACUUGUUCCUAUUUGCAGCUUUAGGAUGUUUGGUUUCAUCCUCCACAUGGCAUACGUAUUCAUGCUUUGCUCAUUAUCCCAGUAGGGCCAAUUUCGCCUGUAUUGAUUAUUCAGGAAUAACUUUACUAAUUACGUGUUCAGUCAUUGCUAUUGAAUAUUGUGCAUUGUACAAUUACCCAAAUUUGUCGCUAGCAUUCAUUAUAUUCACUAUGGCUUGUGGGAUUGGUGGAUUUGCAUUCAAUUGGAGUCCUUAUUUUGAUAAACCUGAAUGUCGUCCAUUACGCAUUGGAUUUUUCAUUGGAUUAUCAUUUUCAGGCUCAACUGCUCUUUUGUGUCAAUCAUGGUAUUAUGGAGUAUGGCAUGCCAUGUGGUUUACUUUACCGUUGUUUUACAAGAGUUUUGCAUGGUAUUUACUAGGAGUCGUGUUUUAUGGUGGAUUGAUUCCAGAAAGAUGGAGAUUUGAUGUGAUUAUUGAAGAAAAUAGCGCAGUGGCUUGUAAUCAUCAUUAUGAUGCCAUUGAUGUUAUUGAGGAUAAAGUGGGGCAUGCUGGAGAAGAAGAAAUUGAUCAAAUUGAACUGGAAUUGUUGGAUUUGGAAUUGCGUAGGUUGCAGAAAGUGGAAAAUGCAUUGAAGGAGGACUCUGACGCAGAUUUAUCUGCUGAGGGGGGCAAUACUGGUAGUAAUUUCGAUGGUAAUGUUGUUACUGAUGGUGAACAUGAUAGUGGAACUGAUUUUGCUGAUGAUGAUGACGACGACGAUUUUAAACGGUUAGUAAAGAAACAUUUCAAAAAAGAACCAACUAAAACCCCCUAUGCUAAUAAAUUUAUGAGUUUAUGGUGGGUGGACUAUUUUUUGGCUAGUCAUAACAUUUGGCACAUAUGUGUUUUGUUGGGUAUAUUGGGUCAUUAUUCUUGUUUGGUGCAUAUGUUUAAUGAAAUCAAAGGUGUAUAA